AAAAAAAAAAAAGAAAAUUCCACAAUUAAAAUACUUCUCUCAUGUUUAAAUAUACUCAAAGAAUGUUAUAAAUCUCAUGAUGAAACAUAUCUGUGUCUUAAGAGUUUGUUUUGAAAGAAUUUUAUUGAAUUACACUAGGGAUUGUUUAGAAUAUGACUUUAAAGGAAGCAAAAUUUUCUUCAUAUGCCAUUAAAAAAAGCUGUAUCUUUCUUAAGAUGACUUUCUAUAAAGAAAUUACUAAAGAAAUGGAACAUGAGCAAAUAGAUGAAAUGGAUGAGAAUAUGGAAGAGAGUAGCAGUGACAGUGAUGAAGAAGAUUCAAUGGGUAGUGAUAAAAUAGAAGAAAAUGAAGAUCAGAAGAAUGAAUCUAAGAUAUAUCUUCCUGGAAAGCCUCUAAAAAGUGGAGAAGAACUUGUUGUGGACAAAACAGCAUAUCGAAUGUUACAUCAUGCCCAAUCGGGCGCUCCUUGUCUUAGUUUUGAUAUUAUUUUAGAUGACUUGGGUAAUAACAGAGAAGAUUACCCAUUAAGUAUAUAUCUUGUGGCUGGAACUCAAGCUGCUAAAACACAUGUUAACAACCUCCUUGUUAUGAAAAUGAAAAAUCUGUAUGAUAUAAAAGAUGAUUCUGAUGAUGACUCAGAUGAUGAUGAGUUAAAUAGUGAAAUUGAUAUGAAUACACCAGUUAUGUCUGUUGCACCAAUAAAGCAUCAAGGUUGUGUCAAUAGAGUUAGAUAUAUGAGAAUUGGCGAAAAAGCUUUUGCUGCAAGUUGGAGUGAAUUAGGACGUGUACAUAUUUGGGAUUUGAAUAAACAGUUAAAUGCACUUGAUGAUGAUGAAUUACUUCGCACAUAUCGUAAAAAAUGUGAAAAAAAUGAUGGGAUCAUCAAACCAGUAUUCAGUUUUAAAGGACACCUUUCAGAAGGAUAUGGCCUUGAUUGGUGUUCAACAGAAGUAGGCAUACUAGCUUCUGGCGAUUGCAAGGGUAAUAUUCAUAUAUGGCAUUUUAGUAAUAGCAAUAAUUCUGCAAUUUGGCAUGUGGAUCAGAGGCCUUAUAAUUCACAUGCACCACACAGUGUUGAAGAUAUUCAGUGGUCACCUAAUGAAAGACAUGUACUUGCUUCAUGUUCUGUUGAUAAAAGUAUCAAAAUUUGGGAUACAAGAGCAAAUCCACAAUCUGCAUGUAUACUAACAGCAUCUGGCACACAUACUGCCGAUGUUAAUGUCAUCUCAUGGAAUCGUAAAGAAAAUCAGUUUCUUAUAUCUGGUGGUGAUGAUGGUUUACUUUGUAUGUGGGAUUUACGUCAGUUUGGUCCUAAUGGUUCAAGUCCAGUAGCCAUAUUUAAGCAACACACUGCACCUAUUACAACGGUAGAAUGGCACCCUCAAGAUGCCAAUGUAUUUGCUUCUGGUGGAGCCGAUGAUCAAAUUGCUCAGUGGGAUUUAUCAAUAGAACCUGAGCAAUCAAAAGAAAUAGAAUAUAAUGAAUUAAAAGAACUGCCACCACAGUUGUUAUUUAUACAUCAAGGUCAAACUGACAUAAAAGAAUUACAUUGGCAUCCUCAAUGCCCUGGUACUGUAAUAUCAACAGCACAUUCAGGAUUUAAUGUAUUUCGUACAAUUAGUGUAUAAUCUAUCUAAUAAAAUGCAAUAUUUAUAAAGU